AUGCCAAGCCUACAACUCGUCCCGGGCCUCAUCCCGCCCUCUCGAGAGACCUGGGAAACAAUCGCAUACGCCUGGCAAUUCUUCCCAAUCUUCACCGCAAUCCAAUGGCUCACAGACUUCUACCCACAAGGCAAAACCUCCAUCGCCUCCAAAUACAACCUGCCCGGAAAAUGGGCCUGGCUACUGAUGGAAUCCCCCGGAUUCCUCACAGUCCUCUACUGCAUGUUCACCAUUCCGGAACGCGAAGGCCUCCCGGGCCUACCCUGGGCGAACUGGACGAUGGCGGGCAUGUACACGAUCCACUACAUCUACCGCGCGAUCCUGUCGCCCUUGUAUUUGAACCCGUCAAUGUCCCCGAUCCAUCCACUGGUGUUCGUGUGCGCGUUCGCGUGGCAGGUGACGAAUGGGCUGAGCUUGGGGGGUUGGCUGGGCGGUUAUGGGCCGACGACGGUGCACGAUUGGGCGGGGCGGUUGUAUGAGAUUGAGAUUGGGAUGGUGCUGUGGGGGUGGAGUCUGAUGGGGAAUAUCUUCCACGACGACGAUUUGCGCGAGAUUCGAAGGUCGGCGGCGAGGCGCCAGCAGGCUCAGGCGGAGAAGGACGGGAAGCCCGUGGAGGGCGUCGACAAACUUUACAUGAUGCCGAAGAAUGGGCUUUUCCAUUAUGUUCUCUACCCGCAUUAUCUAUGCGAGUGGUGCGAGUGGGCGGCGUUUUGGCUGGUCGGUGGGAUCAACUGUGUGCCCGCGAGGAGCUUCUUGAUCAACGAGAUCGCGACGAUGUUGCCGCGGGCAUUGACUGGCAAGCGAUGGUACCUGGAGAAGUUUGGGAAGGAGAGGGUUGGGAAUCGGAAGGCGAUCAUUCCGGGGAUUCUGUGA